UGUCUUUGUAUGUAAAAUAUACGUGUCAACAUCGCCAGUCAACACAUGGUCUCCAUUGCACCAAACCUUUAUUCUUUUUUCAUCAUCCCCACAGUUACAUUCUGCCAUCUUUUGUUUAAUUACCUCAAAUAAUGAAAUAUUUCUCCAAACUGGUUAAUCACUAUUUAUAUUAAUUCUUCUGUAAAAAUAAAUUUGAUAUCUAUGCAGGUCCUUUGAAAUAUAUAUAAGUGGGAAUUUCAUGAUAUUAUUGCUUUUCCUUGCUGCUGCUGCAACUGUUUCUUCCUUCAGAUCGGCAGUGCUUUCAGUUGCAAGAACCCUACAAGUUCCUGCCUGAUUAUAAUAUUUACAGGUAACUAAGUCUAGAUUUUGCAGCUCAAUGAUCGAUGAGAGAAGAUAGAAGAUGAUUACAGGUUCAAGAGAAAAGAUUUUUCAAGCAAAGCAAGAGGGAGAUGCUGCUGGCGACAGCAGCUUCUCCAAGGCAGCAACAUCUACUUCUUCAAGAAAAUGGUCAGCAUUUAGGAAUCCAAGAAUUGUGCGAAUGCCGCGUUCAUUUGGAGGAAAAGAUAGGCAUAGCAAGGUUUCCACUGUGAGGGGUUUGCGAGACAGACGAAUUAGGCUUUCUGUACACACAGCUCUUCAGUUAUAUGAUCUUCAAGACAGGCUUGGGUUGAGCCAGCCUAGCAAGGUAAUUGAUUGGCUGCUUGAUGCCACUAAAAAUGAUAUUGAUAAGCUUCCACCUCUUCAGAUGCUUCAAGGAUUUGGCCAAUUCCAUGAUCAGCAGAUGCUGCUUUCUCAUCAAUCAAAUUUCGCUAAUUUCUUUGAUCCCAAUUCGGACGGAGGGUAUCACCAAGACACAGUGGCAGCUGAAGCUUCACUGAGAUCAGGUGAAGUUGAAAUUAGUGUUGCUGAGAAAGGAAAAUGGAUCAAAACAAAUGAACAAGAAAAUCAAGAAUAUGGGUUUUGCAAUUACACCACUGCUGGACAAGUUUCAGCUCAAAAGUUAUUUCCUUUAACCAGUAGUAAUACUCAUUCUUCUUUACCUGGUUUGCCAAACAAUUCCUACUUCCAUUGGGAUACUUCAAAUUUAUCUUCAUCUCACCAAUUUCAAACCCAUGGAUUCGUACACCACACAGAAACUUCCCUCAAAGACACUGUUUCAUCACCACCAUCACUGCCUUUCUCAUCUGCUUCUCAAUUCUUUUUCUGUCCGCCUGUGACAAUGGCUUCACUCUUUCAGCAAUAUCCACCUUAUGCUACCACUCCAUUAGAGAGUGAGUCAAAGGAAAUCAACCAUUUCCAGUUGCUGAACUCAGGUUCACAACAUAUCCUGCCAAAUUCUCGUGCAACAAACUUGCCAAUGAGGAAUUUGUCACUGAAUGUAAAUCCUGGGUUUGCUCAUUUACAUCAAAGUAACAAUGUAUAAUGCAGCCUGAAAAGACAAUUAAUCCUGAUUCAUAAUGCCUCUCGCCAUGGCUAUAGUUCAAUAAUUAAAUUCAAGCAGACCUCAGCAAGCAUACAUGGUCCAGGCCUCUAGGGGCAAUGGUUGUGGUGAGAUACAUAGCUUCAAACUGUAUGAGGAUCUACAUCUCUAUAUAUAUUUCUCUAUAUUGUUGCUCUAAAAUUGAAAAAUGGUGUCUCGUUUCACCCCAAUGCCUCGUCGGGGAAGCAAUAUCAACCGGGAGUCAAGAUGCCUGUGUCGCCAUUAUCAAUUGUUUCCUUGUAAUACGCAAGUAAGAAUCCUUCUUCUGUAUUAACUAGUUUUAUUAUUAUAUAUGCAGAAAGUAAUGUACGUACAAAGUUAGUAAUAUAAAUAGGAAUCUCAUACAUUUGCAUUUUUUGAGUUUUAAUUUACUACUUAAAAUGUUUGAUAAUGCCCAUGUCUGAAAUUUA